CUCGAACUGAGCGGACGUUUUUCUUGUGAGCGUCGCGCUGUACUAAUACAUCGAUUUUUAGUCGCGUCAGUGUGUGUGCGUGUUAUUUGUGUGAGUGUAGUGAUAGUGUUUAAAGACAAUCUGUUUUAUGAUGGUUUAAAGGGUGCAACCGGGCGGUAAAGGGAUGUUAUCGGUCCCGUGAUUCAGCGAUCAUGGCUCUGCUCUUCGGGGCGAUAGGGGUGCUUGCCCUAGUGAGUCGCACAGGUUGUACCGGCAAUCCGAAUGUGGUGGGCACAAACGGCGUGUCCGAAGACUAUCCCGACAUGGACUUAGGCAUGGCGCAUCGUGGACCACACUUCGACGUCGCAUAUUCUAGAAACGUGACUGCUUUAGUUGGCAAGACUGCGCAGUUAAAUUGCAGGGUCCAUGACCUUGGGAACAGAACGGUGUCAUGGAUCAGACAUCGCGACAUCCAUCUCCUCACGUCUGGCAGAAUGACGUACACCUCGGAUCAGAGGUUCAUUAGUGUCCACAAUCCUCAUACCGAAGAUUGGAUACUAAAAAUAAGGUUCCCGCAGCGGCGCGACUCCGGCGUCUACGAGUGCCAAGUGGGAACCACGCCGCCCAUCGGACAUCGCAUGUACCUCUCCGUUGUUGAACCAUUGACCACGAUACUGGGUGGACCAGAACUGUUCAUCAACAUGGGGAGCACCAUCAACCUGACUUGCGUGGUGCAACACUCGCCAGAGCCCCCACCUGCGAUACGGUGGACGCACCAUGACGAGGAGAUAAACUACGACUCGCCACGCGGAGGCGUAUCAGUAAUCACGGAGAAGGGGGAGACGACGACGUCACACCUGCUGGUGCAGAAGGCCAAAGCGCCGGACUCAGGUCGCUAUACAUGCGCCCCCGCAAACGCCAACCCUAGAUCUGUUAUCGUCCAUGUAUUAAGUGGAGAACAUCCUGCUGCGAUGCAGCACGGCGGUCAACUCCGUCUGCAGUAUCCCAUCUCAGCUGUGCUCCUGAGCGUCAUAGUCACAUUAACAGGUUGUUAGUAUAAGGGUGAUGUCAUUGUAUUCUAUUAGACACAAAGUGGACAUUAAAAGAUAGUUAACAUCAUACUUAAGU